UAAUGAACCAGAAAUAGAAUCACAAGAAAUUAAUAACGAAAAUAAUGAAACCAGUUCUAGUCAAGAAAUCUUAAAAGCUACAAACGAAGCUCAUGUUAUUGGUGAACCAAUUGCUACAGCUACUGCAAUCGCAGCUGUAGCCUCAGCCACAACUACAACCACUAAUGCUGAUACUGAUGCUAUUACUGCUGCAACAAGUACUACAGCCACCAUAACUAAUAAAAAUAAUUCAACCUGGUCUUUUACUGUUAAAAAUAAAGUUGAAAAAUUUGUUGGUGAGCAUUUACCUGAAUCAUUGAUACAUGAUAAAAAAAUUGUCAAUGCAUUUAACAAGUUAAAUAAAAAUGUCAAAUCCAAGCUUAAUGAUAAAGAGCUACAUCCUGAACUUGACUGGGAUGCAAAUGUUAGAUUAUCAAAUGAUCUUUGUGACAAUGAAAAAAUUUUCAUCAAAGAACGAAAAAACCAUAUUC